AUGAACAAUUAUCCUCUCAGCAUCACGUCCUCCUCCCCUGCACCGCCUCCUUCCGGCAGCUCAUCUACCAAGGCUGCGCUCCCCUCACCCUACCUCGGCGCCGCCCACGUCAAGGAGUACUGGCCGGGAAGCAAUGCAGUUCACCUCCUGGAGUAUAGAGGUCUGCCGAGCAUCAGUUGUGCUGCCGCCACCACUAUCACCAUCAUCCAGUCAGUCCCCAAACCCACCAACCCCCACCAGUCCUCCACGCCCACCAAAUUUACCAGUCCCUCCACGCCCACUAACUUUACCCGGUCCUUCCACGCCCACCAACUUUACCCAGUCCCUCCACGCCCACCAACUUUAUCCAGUCUCCAUUCCACACCCACCAGCUUUACUCAGUCCCCUCUCCAUGCCCACCAACUUUACCCAGUCACCACUCCACGCCCACCAACUUCAUCCAGUUCCUCCACGCCUACCAACUUUAUCAGCUUCUCCACGCCCACCAAUUUUACCCAGUCUUUCCACACCCACCAACUUCAUCUAGUACCUCCACACCCACCAACUUCAUCUAGUACCUCCACACCCACCAACUUUGUCUAG